AUGCAGCAAGUGGUCGAGGUCACGUCGGAAGAGCAAUGGAAGACCCUGUCGGGCGUCGCCAAGACGUACGUCAUGUUCUUCUACGCCAAGAACGUGAGCAUCCCGUCCAACCAGUCGGCAACGGGCGACUGGCUCAGCACGGCCAGCGUCCUCUUCACGCAGCUCGCCGCGCUCCACCCGCGCCUCGCCUUUGUCAAGAUCGACGCCGAGGCCGUGCCGGCGCUCAGCACGCAGUUUGGCCUCGCGGUCGUGCCGACGUUCAUUCUUUCGUUUGGCAACAAGGUGCUCGAGCGCAUCGAGGGCAUGAAGGUCGCGGAGCUCGCGCAGGCCAUUGACCGCGCCAGCAAGCGCCAGGCCGAGGCGACGCCGCUGGCCAUGGACAAGCCCGUCGUCGUCGACGCUGCGCUCCGCAGUCGCUUGGAAAAGCUCAUCUCGGCGUCGCCGGUCAUGGUGUUCAUGAAGGGCAACCCGAGCGAGCCCAAGUGCGGCUUCUCGCGCAAGCUCAUCGAGCUCCUCAAGAGCGAGAACAUUGAGUGCGGCACGUUUGACAUCCUCCUCGACGAGACCGUGCGCCAAGGCCUGAAGCUCUUCUCCGACUGGCCGACGUUUCCGCAGGUGUACGUUAACGGGUCGCUCGUCGGCGGCCUCGAUAUUCUCCUCGAAAUGAAGGAGGAGGGCAACCUCGCCGACCAGCUCGGCGUCAAGCCCGUGAGCGAAGAGGAAGCGGAAAAGGCGCUGUUUGCGAGCUUGACGGAGCUCUUGCAGUCGGCGCCCGUGCUACUCUUCAUGAAGGGCACGCCGGCCGAGCCCAAGUGCGGCUUCUCGCGCAAGACGAUCGAGCUCCUGCGGGCCAACAGCAUUCCAUUCUCGACCUUUGACAUCCUCACGGACGACUCGGUGCGCCAUGGCCUCAAGAAGAUGUCCAACUGGCCGACGUACCCGCAGUUGUACGUGCGCGGGUCGCUUAUCGGUGGCCUCGACAUCCUCACCGAGAUGGCGGAGGAAGGUGACUUGGCCGACCAGCUCGGCGUGGCCAAGAAAGAGCCGCGUUUGUCGACGCCCGACUAUGCGGCGCUCAUCUCGCGCGCGCCCGUCAUGAUCUUCAUCAAGGGUUCGCCGAGUGCACCCAAGUGCGGCUUCUCGCGUCAGCUCAUCGCGACGCUCAACGAGCACGGCUUCCAUUACGAUCACUUUGACAUUCUCAGCGACGACAAGGUCCGCCAAGGCCUCAAGAAAUUCUCCAACUGGCCGACGUACCCGCAAGUGUACAUCAAGGGCGAGCUCAUCGGCGGCCUCGACAUCAUCCAGCAGCUCCACGAAGACGGCGAGCUCGAUGCGUUGAAACCCUAA